UACCAAUCGACAUCAGUUCAGUUGUUACAAUCGGCAACGAAACCCUGUUCGAACAUGUCUCUAGAUCUGGUUGUGGAAAAAAUUAAGGCUCGUGUAGCCGCUGUAGACCCUAACGGGCCACGCAAGGUUUUGGGCGUUUUCCAGCUGAAUGUGAACAUUGAAGGUAGCAUUGAACAACUGACUGUCGAUCUGAAGCAACUGAAAGUGGAGAAGGGCCCUGCCAGUGGUGCCGAUGUAACCGUUACUCUUUCCCUCGAGGAUUUGCUUGCUAUCCAUUCACGCACAUUGACAAUUGAGGAUGCUGUCAAACAAGGCAAGCUCCAGGUGGAAGGAGAUGCUAGUCUGGCCACUAAAUUGGCUGAAGUAAUUUAAGCUGUUAAUAAAUUAUUAUCACAUUCCAUCGUUUGGUUAUCAUGUUCGAGUUCACUAGAACUGAUGUUGAUGCUUAGGGUAUUAUCAUAAUUUUUGGAUAUAUUUGACCAAAGAGACCCUAAAGCAUUCGAAAUUUAGAAAAUACAAGUUCAUUUGACAUAGGAGGUCUGUUAAAACAGUAUCUCAACUUUUGAAUUUCCGCAGGUUACGUAUAUUCGAUUUUAAUUUUUUGUGGCUUUAUGUUGGUACUCACGUUAUGUUGAUAGGUUCGGCCAUUUUGAAUGAUGAGUUAAUUUAGACAGCUGCUUUACUUGCAAGUGUUUUGGUUCAUCUUCGAUUUUCCCUAUUCUAAAACAUGAAUCAAAGAAUACGUAACAAAAUUAGCAUGUUUUGAAUGGUAGCCUAAAAAUAAAAUAUCAGAUAAAUUUCAUCUAAAAUUUUGAAAUGAAUAAGACAAACCUGUAAGCUAUAUGCAAAGAUUUGAUCCAGCAAUGCAAAAUUAGGGAGCGGUUAGCGCUGCCCUACAAAUAAUUGGAUAUCUUUUGGAACUGCAGGAAACUGCACCUAAGAGGACAUAUUUUGCAAUAAUUCUGUGGAGGUUUGAGAGCGGAAGUCGGUGGAUGUUUUUUAAAACGAUAACUGAAAUUUUAUUUUUGACAUUAUCAUCAUUUUUAUUUCUUUGCAAAUUCAACUUCCCCGUUUCUCAAGAGUAUUGUUAGAACCAAGCCACUUUUCCAUUGAAAUAUUCUCUAAUUACCUUUAUAAUUGCAUUACAUUUCAGUUGAUUUGAUGACACACAAGAUUUGAAUUUUAAAACCGAGUUGAGAUCCGUUUGAAAUUUCUCAAAAACCUUCGCAAACAACAAUCUCGCCAGAAGUUGACAGUUCAACUGUUUAUAUUAGUAGUUGUGAUGCUUUAUCUAGCUUUCCAAUACUUGUUUACAUAGUUUUAGGCAUACAUAAACAAGUAUGAGUGCAUUGGACAUCCGAAAAAAAAUGAUUUUUGUCUACGACUCAGUGCACUGUGCGUCAUUAAGAAUAAGUCAACUUGUUAUUGCUCGGCGUUUUUUGAUAUUGCUCAAAAUUAUUGUGUGAAAUUUCGUGUUGCAAGCAAAAUUUUAUGUGCCGAGAAGUGGAAAAUUUUGCAGAAUACAUUUGGCGAUUAAACUAUGUCUAAAAUACGGUUGUAUGGAUGGUAUAAGCAAUUCAAAGGUGGUUGAGAAGAGAUGAACGAUUUGCCACGACAAGGACCGUCCACCUAUUCAACUGAUGAGAACAUCGACAAAAUAAAGGGAAUGGAGCUCGGAAAUCGUUAUUCAAGUAUGAGAAAGUUAGGGCGCGAUUUAAAUAUGUCUAACGAGACCGUUCGUCAGUGCCGUUCGACUAGUGCCAAAUGAACUCAAUUUUUCUCAAAAAUUUAAUGAAAAAUUUUAUCAAGAGGUUGAAGACAUGCUUUAACAAUCAAAUUCUGAUCUCACGUUCGUCCAACGCAUAAUUACUGGCGACGAAACAUGGGUGUACAAUAGGGUGCCAAUGAAUGUAUAGGAAAAAAUCGACCCUGGAAUUUCAUAAAGUUACCCUAUACAAAAUGUUUACCGCCUCCUUAACAUCCUUAACAUCCUAUGCGAAAUAUCAGCUCAAUCGGACUUAAGGGAGAGUGGCGCGAAGCGGCCAAAGUUUGAGUUUUUUAUAAAUCGAAAAAUAACCCAAGGGGGGAGUAAAGGAAAUCGGGGUUUUCGAAAAAAAAAUUGAUGGCAAAUGUCUUAAAAUUGCAUGAAACGUCGAGAUCUAGUAUCACCUCGAUAAAAAAAAAAUUGUAAAAAAUCGACACUCUGGGAAUUAG